AUGACGUCAUUUGUUGUGGUUCCGAGAUCGUCGCUAGAAAUGGCGGUCGAGCAAGGAGCUUCUCCAGUAAUAUCAAGUGUUUUUUUGGCCGAUCUCUCCCACGAGAUGGAGAAUGAUGGCGUCGAAACCGGCAGAAAUUCACCUCAUCUUUCAAUGCAAUCGUUGAAUGAAUUAGAAAGCUCUGAAAAGAGUGGAAUCCCAUUAAAUUCAGCCUGGACUCUAUGGCAUGAUAAGUGAGAGCAACUCCAAACUUAACAAUAUUAUUGUUUUCGGAUGCUUGCGAAGUAAUGAUUAUUUGUUUCUAGAUAUGUUCGUGGAGCGACAGCGGCAGAGUACGCGGCAAAUCUCCGAAAGGUUUACACUGCUCACACAAUCCAGGUAUUGUACGUUUUUCAGGUUAUGGUUAAUUGACAAAGUUCAUGUUUUACCCGAAAAAACGAGAGAGUAAUUCGAACUGUCAAAUCUAAAAUGGUCAUCCGACAGAGAAUCGCGUGUUCCUCUCCUAACCUUUGAACGGUGUCAAGAAACAAGCAUUUUGUGAUUUUGUAACGUUAUAUUUGAUUUUUAGCGGAAAGGUGUGCGCGCAUUAUAUUCGUUCAGUUUAAAAUAUAUUUCAAUUUCCAGAGUCUAGACUUUGACAAGGGGAGUGAAUAAAUUAUGAGCCUGUUUGAUUUGAUAAGAAGAUGACGUUAUUUACUCGAUAAGACUUAGAAUGGACUCUUAAUUAGCGAAAAUCUCUUCCAAAAAUUAUUCGUUGCGUUCGAAAUUUUGCUGGUAAAGUGAUUGUGUUUGCAAAUGUAUUUUAUAAUGUAUAUUGGUUUUCUCUAUUUUUAUUAAUAUACGUGAUCAAUCAUUUGUCUCAAUUGACUGUCGGUGGAUUAAUUCGAUCCUUAUAUAUGAAGAGAGAGUUGAUAAAAGAUGAUUCGUAAAUGCAAAUGGAAAGUUGUGUACUGUUAUAAAAAUCUUUUAUGGGACAUUUUAUCAUCAUGCAUGCCUGUACUGCCUGCACAUAUACAUGUACCUCAUGUAACUGUUAACAACUAUAUUUACUAAUUUGACAUUUGUUCACUCAUUUUUGAAUUCCUAGAGUUUUUGGAGUGUCUUCAACAAUAUACCUUUGCCUUCACAACUUGAUGUUAGAACAAGCUAUCAUUUUAUGAGAGGAGAGAGGAAACCACUUUGGUAUGCAUCUCUCAUAAAUUAAAUAAAGGGGGAUGAAUUGAUCUCGAGACCAGUGACAUAAAGGCCCUAGAAAGCUCUUGGAUCACAGAUUUUUCAAGCAAAAAUAAUAACCAGAUUUUUGCAUCAAUGUAGAUCAGCUGAAAGUUUUUGCUCACAUUCUGGGUUCUGUUGAUUUACAGCAUGUUGUACAAGCACAGGAUGAUUAAAACACAUCUGAUACACUUGAAUAAUAAUAAUAAUAAUAAUAAUAAUAAAUACUUAUCCUAUAGUUUUGAGUAAAAGAUGAGGUUGGAUCAAUGGGUGGGGGCAAAUAAAAGAAAAACCUUUUAGUUUGGGUCAGCAGUGUUACAUGGUUUAACCAUUUAUCUCCCAGAGGUAAUUCAAUAUCCCCAAAAGCAUCACAUAACCCAGCAAACAGGUAAUGAGAAUACUCAAAGCUAUCAGGUAGAAGCUUUUAUCUUGAUCUAAUACCAAAUUCUCUUACUAAUUUACAAGGAAAUGUGUGACAGUUAGAGAGGAAAAUAACAAUCAGAUCUUGGGAGUUAAAGGCUUAAAUAACCCAUUAGUGGCCUAUUGACCUUUGAAAUAAAUUAAAUCAGUUUUAUUAAAUUCUAUAUUUUGCAGUUUUCUUUGUCAUCUGUUUUUCAGUGUCUUCUGUAAUCUGAGUCUUUUUUUGUCCAUGACUUCAGAAGCUGCUUUAAUGGCCGUGAGCUACAAAAAUUUAUAUUUUCUCAAAUUUUAUUCAUGAUAUGAUUUUAUAUUCAUGUUUUAUUUUAAUUAGGGAAGACAAACAGAAUGUUAAUGGUGGAUACUGGAAAAUGCGUUGUGUCAAACAUAAUACAGUAAGUCAUUGAACUGACAAACUAUGUUGUACCUGAACAAGGCAAAUAAGUUGUUUGGUAUUGAUCUACAUACGCUUUCUAUAUUCUACACUGAACCAUACAUGGAAUACUCACAAAACAAUUUCUUUUGUAUACUUUGCGGAGAGGGCCACAGGGAAAUUAAUAAACUUGUCAAAUAAGCAGGCUGCAUGACACAAAUUGUGCUUGCAUUCCAGCUUGCACAGGUUGUUCAUAUUUUAAUUUAACAAAUAUGAGUGCAAAACCCACAAAGUAUCAAGGAUUUGACAACUCUGGGAAAUCUGGAAAGUCAUGGAAUUUCCUGAUAUCAUUUUGAUUUGAUUUGAGGUUUGGGAAAGUCACAGAAAUUGAGUGAAUAUGAAAAUUUUUCAGUUCAGUCAAAAAAAAAAAAUGAUGUCUGAAAAUACAUAUACAAGCCUGCAGCAUUCUCAGGAGAGAGCUUGUAGAUUGCUCCUGUCAGCCAAAAAAAGGGAUGAAUGGUUGCUGAGCUUCAUGGUUUAACCUUUUACACCAAAACCUUCACACUCUCUGCACUGUGGACAAGGAGAAUUUGAUUGACAAUCAGGAACUUCUGAAAUUGAUGAUAAUUUCCUCAAUUCUCACAACCUAAUUGUAUCUGAUUCAAUGGUUAUACUGUAUCAAGAAAUUAGAAGUCAUGCAGUCACUCCAAGGGCUUAAAGGAACAUGACUUUUGUGUUUUGCUUUAUCAACAGGAUAAUGUAUGGAAAGAAUUGUUGUUGGCAGCUAUUGGUGAACAAUUUAAUGACAAUGUUCGAGAAGGUACUGUUCUGUUGUUCAUUGCAUGGUGAAUUCCUUUCAUUGUCUUUUUGGUACACUUUAAAAGUAUGUGUAUUUGAAUGAUUCACCAACUGAAGCUAACUUACACUGAAUAUAGAUUUGGGCUCAAAGGCCAAGCAAUAUACAGCAGUCAGUCAUCAAGAUGAAGGCUGUCAGGAAGUAGACUCAUCAGAAACACAGAGACAUCUGGAUGGGUGGAAUAACAUCAGAGAUGCUAACCUCUGGAAAACUCAAAUCUGGAGAUUUUUUUUUUGGACCAGCCCCCCCCCCCAACUGAAUUUGUCAACUUGCCCCCCCAAAAAAAAAAAAAAAUUCUUUUAGAUCCCCCACCAUUACUGGGGUUGAUAAAUUAUUUUUCAUAACAGGGUUUCUAUGGGUCCUGGAAAACCUGGAUAGUCCUGGUAUUAUACUUUGGCAUUUUUCAGAACUUUCCAGUCCUGGAAAUCUGCUUCACUCAAGCAAUUAAGUUUUCAGAAUUUACAUUGUAGGAGAUUUAUGGAGAUCAUCAGGAGAAUUUAUUUUGAAUUCUUGGGAAUUUGAAGGGUUUAAGGUAAAAUUUAGAGUCCUGGAAGAUUCAAUCUGAGUCCUCAAAAAGUCCUUGAAAUUUGUUUCUGAAAGAGGGUACAAAUCCUGUAUGAAUUGAAUACACUGUAGUCUUACUCAUACGCAUAAGUUGAUUUGCUUGUUUGUUUUUCUUUCAUUUCCAGAUGACGAAGUUUGCGGCAUAAGCAUUAGUGUGCGCGAGAGAGAUGACAUCAUCCAAAUCUGGAAUGCAAAUGCAAAGGCUGUAGAGGAUGCAACAGUAGGUUUUUGUUUCUACACAGUCAGGGUUACAUUGAAACAUGUUCUCAGAUUCUUCAAGUGUAAUGGUAUAUAGUAUGUUGUGUAUUAAUGUGCAGUUUUCCAUAAUUAUGUAGUUGAAUGCAUACUAGCACAGAAGCAGCUUCUGAUCCCUUUAAAACCUUCCAGUUGUUGAAAAUGUUAAUUAAAUCAAUAUUUCUCUAAACAGGUACUAAAUAAAGUGAGAGAUCUCGUUAAGGAUGUUGAAUUCUUUGAUGAUUUUUACAAAUGUAAGUUAUUAAUAAUCAAUUUCUCCUACAUUGUAACUUAUUGUUCUGCCCCAUUCACCUUUUCUUUUUCUUCCUUUCUUCCUUUCCAUCAACUGUCCAUCUCUCACUCUCACUCUCUCCCUCUGUUCAUUCUGAAAUGAGUCUCUGUCCACAUUCCAGCCCUCUUCCCCUCCCCUCUCAAUUUCUUCCUCCCUUUCCCCCCAUACUCCCUUUCUUUCUUCUUCUUUCUCUCCCUUCCUUCCUUCUUCCUCUCCCUUCCUUCCUCCUUUCUCUCCCUUCCUUCCUUCUUUCUCUCCCUUCCUUCCUUCUUCCUCUCCCUUCCUUCCUCCUUUCUCUCCCUUGCUCCCUUCUUCCUGAAAUGUUCAUCCAUCCUCCCUUCCUUCAUUCCUAUCCUCCUUCCCUAUUGUCUUCUCCAUCCCUCCUUCUUUCCCUCCUUCCCUUCCUUUGUUAAUCUUAUCUACCUUAGUCCUCUCUCCUUCUCACCUUCCAUUCCUCCCCCUUUUUCUCUUCCUCCUCUGGUCCUUUCUUCUGAUAUAUCUAUCCUACCACCAUUACAUACUUCCUUCCUAUCUCUAUUCCUUCCUCCUUUCCCUGCUUCUUCCUCCUACUUCCUUGUUCCCUCCCUUACCCCUUCUUUCCUCCCUAUCUCUCCCCCCUUCUUCUCUCUUUCUCUACUUUCCUCUUUCCUUUCCUUCGCCCACUCUUUGUGCUCCUGUCUCCCGCUUAACAUUUUGAUAUAAAAUUAAUUUGCAAACUUAUUUGUUUCAGCUCACCAAGCACAUGAUGCUUUCGAAGGGGUACGACCCCGUCCAACAAAGCCUCCAGGUUUUCCAUUUGCUAAAGACUGACAAAAAUCAUGUAUCCAUCAUAGUUCUUGGUUAGCAACCAAAACAGAUUGGCCCGCCAAGUGAUUACAUUCAUUUGCUAAAUUUGUGUGUGUGUGGGGGAAUCAGUCUUAGUCUGAGGGGCACUGGGCACCAUGUCAAGUCGUUGAGGAUGUGAAGAAAGUUGUUCAAGUAAUCUUGCCCAGUUGUCUUCAGAAGUGUUGACUGAUAUCGAUGCCAUCACAUUUGAGCAAAGUUGAUUACAGCAGGGGAGUUGGCCUUGCUAGUGCAUUUGGCAGAUGUUUCACUUGCUUCCUGGCUCUGCUAUGUGAUUGCAAAGAGAUUGGAGUUGAGAACAGCACUGAGCACAUCAUAAAGUUCGAACAAUAACUUUAUGCAUUUCUAUUUUCUUUUAAGGUAUCUAGUCACUGAUUAGACUAAAGGUAAACUUAGGCAUACACUUAGAUGUGACAUUAGGCUAGAAAGGUGAAACAAUUUCCUAGUGUUGAUCAGACCUACAGCUUGUUCAAGAAUCAAGAAUAACAAAAAGCAAAAAAAUGUUGUAGGAUUUUAUGUUGACAACUAGCAUCAAUUUUACAUGUAUUUAGUUGCAUUUAUGAGGCUGUAUGUUGCAAAACCAACUUUCAAUCAUGCAGAGCUGAGUACAUUGUACAGCUUUUAAUCUCACCAAUCAGUUAGAUUUGAGAGGAGUGGUGUUGGAAACCCUUCUCCAUAUAAACUUGAUGGUAAUUUCAAUUUAGGUUCAGGGUUCAAAUGCAAAAAACAGAAGAGAGUCAGGGUGUGGAGCUUUGAGAUCAAUGUCUGUAACCAAGCAACCGCACACCUGCCCCCCCCUCCACAACAGUCAAUUCGAAAAAACAAGUUAUAGGGUUAAUGUUAGUUUAGGGGAGGGGAAGGUCUGCAGAAGAUGCUUGGUUACUGACAUUUAUCUGAGAUUUCAUUAUUGGUGGGCAUUCCAUUUUCAAUCAGUGACAUGUGGCAGCUGAGAUUUAUUUUUCAGACAAAACAGCAAUGAAUAUAAGGUCUUGAUUUGGUGGAUUCUUUUAAGUCCUGAAUGGUGGGUCAGAAAUUCUUGAACAAACAGCAUUUUCCUUCUUGAAAUCUUCUUGAAAAAAGAAACAAAAAACAUUCACACAGGUGAAAUUCCAGUUUUAACUGAAAUUUUUGGGUACAUUAGUUGUUUGAAGUUGAGAGGUGGAUGAUGCAGUGAAUUGGCUAUUUUUUUUAGGAUACAUAAAAUUUUUUGUAACUUGCAGCAGUAACAUUGAAUAUUUUUCCAGUUAGGCUUUUUUUUUAUCUAUUUUAAUUUUCUUAUAGUGUUGUUAGUUUUGUAAUUAAGAGAACAGAGUAAGGGAACUUUUAAGAGUCCUUUUUACAAAGCAUGGUGAGGUUUUGCUUUUACCUUAAAUAGAAAAUGUGAUAGAAAAAGAGGAAUUGGAACAUGAAAAAGGAAACUACCAUGCAUGUGGGAAGAUUUACAAGAAUGGGUUUAAUUGAGGAAGAGGGGUGCUUGACAUGGGACGGCAAAAAUUUGUCCUUAAGCUCCCCUUCCCUUAUUUCCCAUUUUCUCUUGAUGCAGUAGAACCCUGCGAACUUGACCUCCUAAGGGAAACAAAAAAUGCUUCAAGUUAGAGGGGGUUUGAGUUUGCUGAUAGUAAAUGACUGAAAAUAUAGCAUCAAGGGAAGUUGGGUCUUGUUCAAGUUUCUACCACUGGGUUUGAUUUCACCAAGAUCAAGUAAGCAGGGUUCUAUUGUAUUAAUUUAAAUUCAUUGUUAUUUAAAUAUCAUAAAUAAGUAAUUAUAUACUCUUCUUUUAAAGAAUAAUUGUGUGGGGUUAGCUUUAGACGUCAGAAGUUUAAAAUAACCGUCGAUGAUAAACGAUAUUCUAUGGAUUGAAGUUCAUGAGGGUAUAACAUGUUGCUUCAUGUAUCUUGCUAUUUAACUAAUAGUCAUCCAUAUUAACCCUUUACACCCUAACAUCAAUAUUUAUAUUCUCCAUACUGUUCUCUGUACAUUAACUAAGGUGCUGAUAUGGAGAAUUUGUCUAACAAUUAAGAGUUUCUUGAUAGUUGGUGAUCAUUUCCUUUAUUCUCAUGACAUUAAUGUGUGCUUCAGUGGUGAUAAGAAAGCUGAUUGGUUCUGCUGUAGUCGCUAAGAAAGGUUGAAACGAAUGAGAAGGAAGGAAGCCAUCCUCUAUUUACCAAUGGCUGCCAAUGUGACAAAGAAAUUCUUACUGGUAAAAGGACGCGAAGCCAUUCCGAAAAGCAAGCUUCUUGGAAUAAUUCCUUAAACAAAUAUCCCAAGUUGCAAUUUGUUAUUUUAAGUACGAGAGAUCAUUGUCUCGGUUGGAAACUCCUUUUCAUGAUGUACCAUCACCCAUUCAUCACCUGAUCAUGGUCUGUCCUUAAGAGGUCAUCUUUGUCAAAGGGCAUUCGGUUCUGCAAAUACCUCAACACAUCAAAAAAAUAACACUUCAGCCAAUACGGCAUGUCGCCUCAAACUCCUUGAGGCGACAAAAAUUUACAGAAAGUCUGAGAGUUACAAUAAUAACCCUUAAUUAAUUUCUUCCCGGAAGUUAUUAAGCUUUUUAGGUAUGGUAGUGUAAUCGUGUGCAACUGUGCCAGCGCUCGGCGUGAAGCUGCCAAAAUAGGACUUGUCUAAUGGUUUUCUGUUCAUGUUGUUUACUGCAUUGUGGAGCUGAAAUCAACUAAUGCGUGUUAAUGACCAAGCUUGAGAUCAAAAUGGCUGGAUAUUGGCUGAG